AAGAGGGGCGGCGGCCGUGGGCGGGGCGCGCUGCUCCAUUUCCUUUUCGCGGCCCUGUUUGACCCUCCCCCAGCCGGGAGACUGUGUGCUCGGCUUCGCGAGCUGCCGGAGGCCACCGCGUAACCCAGGGCGGAGGAGGAGCGCCCAGACCACGGAGCCGGCACUGGCGGGCGGACGUCCAGGACUGCCAGGGGUCCCGGGAACACUGUGACCCUGACCUGGCCCAGCGCUUUACAGCCCUUCCCGCACAUCAUCCUCAGGGGCGCUGCGUAUUGUGCCCCCGACCCAAGCCCCCUUAGCCGAGGGGGACGCUGAAUCUGUGGUGGAGGGGGGGAGGAGAGUGACUUGCCCAAGGUUACCGAGACAAUGAGAGCUGAAGCGUCUUCCCACGGGCCCCCAGAGGAAUGCACUGCUGCCACCCCUCCCCCCAGGGGAAUCACGGCCGCCCUUCUCUGCGCAGCCCCCGCCCAGGGUGGGUGGGUCUCUGCUGGGACCACAUCAAGCAGGCUCUAGGCUUGAUUUUUGGUGUCCUCGCUGUUGACCCUGGGAAUCCUUUUCCAAGCCCCGCCUUCGUGCUGCUGCUGCCCCAGUCCCUAUAUGCGGGCCUCCCUCUGCUCAGUGCCCAGAGAUGUGGUUGGGAGGGAGAUCUGAGGGCCAAGGCUGGAGGCCAGUCGGCCGGGCCCGAGUGCCUCUCCCAAGGCACAGCUACAGGCUUCCGCUGGGCACUGAGCCACUGUCCCCGGGUCCACCUCCCAGAGCUGGGCUUGGGGUCCAGCAAGAGGAGGAGACAUCAGGGAUCCACAUUCCCCUGGUGGGGCCACCCAGGGGAGGGCAGGGCAGCAAGGAUGGGGCCACUGUGCCCUGGAUAAGGAGAAUUCCUUUGCAGGUGUUCCCCAGCCGGGAGACAACAGGCUCAGAGCCCUGAGAGAGGAGGGCUGAUUCGCCAAGACACACCCAGUCUCAGCGGGUGUCCAGCCUCAGGUGCUGCACCCAGCGAUGCGCUGCCACAGACUGGCCGUGGGUCUGGGGUUCUGCCUGCUGGUGGGCACUGCCCUCUGCGCUCUGUGGGUGUGUGUCGAGAACUGGCUGCCGGUCUCCUACAUCCCCUAUUAUCUCCCCUGCCCAGAGAUCUUCAACAUGAAGCUGCAGUACAAGGGGGAGAAGCCGUUCCAGCCCGUGGCACAGUCACAGUACCCUCAGCCCAAGCUGCUGGAGCAGAGGCGCACAGAGCUGCUGACGCUGACGCCCUGGCUGGCGCCCAUCGUCUCCGAGGGAACCUUCAACCCAGAGCUUCUGCGGCACAUCUACCAGCCCCUGAACCUGACCAUCGGGCUCACAGCGUUCGCCGUGGGGAAGUACACCCGCUUUGUCAAGCACUUCCUGGAGUCGGCUGAGCGGUUCUUCAUGCAUGGUUACCGGGUAUGCUAUUACAUCUUCACCGACGAUCCCACAGCCAUUCCCCGGGUCCCGCUGGCCCCCGGCCGCCUCCUCAGCAUCAUCCCCAUCCAGAGGCACUCCUGCUGGGAGGAGAUCUCCACGCGCCGGAUGGAGACCAUCAGCCAGCACAUUGCUGAGAGGGCGCACCGGGAAGUGGACUACCUCUUCUGCGUCAAUGUGGACAUGGUGUUCCGGAACCCGUGGGGCCCUGAGACCUUGGGAGACCUGGUGGCUGCCAUUCACCCACGCUACUAUGCUGUCCCCCGCCAGCAGUUCCCCUACGAGCGCAGGCAUGUUUCCACCGCCUUCGUGACAGAUGGUGAGGGGGACUUCUAUUAUGGUGGGGCAGUCUUUGGGGGGCGGGUGGCCAGGGUGUACGAGUUUACCAGGGGCUGCCACAUGGCCAUCCUGGCAGACAAGGCCAACGGCAUCAUGGCAACCUGGCAGGAGGAGAGCCACCUGAACCGCCGCUUCAUCUCGCACAAGCCCUCUAAAGUGCUGUCCCCAGAGUACCUCUGGGACGACAGGAAGCCCCAGCCAGCCAUCCUGAAGCUGAUCCGCUUUUCUACUUUGGACAAAGACACCAACCGGCUGAAGAGCUGACAUCAGAGCCAGGGCUGCCAUGGACGGGGCCAGCUCUGCACCCAGCUCGCCCCAGAGGAGCACCCAGCUCGCCCUGGAGGAGCACCCAGCUCGCCCCAGUGGAGCCACCUUGCACCUGUGCCUGACUUCUCAAGCCUUAGCUGAGACCAGCCCUGUCCUGCCUACCUCGCAGUCUGCCAGGAGAAUCCACCCAGAAAAAAGAUGUGGAAAGGCCAUUGUAAACUGUAAAGGGCUGUGCCCACAGGAGAACAGAGGUCACACAGCAGUGUGGCCCAAGAAGGGUAGGACAGGAGGGGAGACUGGAGGUUGAAGAUGGCAGGCUUUCCCCAGCAGAUGUGCCUUCGGGGCAGGCCCUGGAGUCAGCCCUACUCAGUGCCUGAAAGUCCACCUCUGCCCCUUUUGUCACCUCUUGUCCUUAAACUUGCACUUCUGACAUCUAGGUAUGAAAGGCAUCCUGGCCCCCUUUUCCCCGGCUGUGGGGCUCCCGGGUGCUGUGACGUCCCCCAGCCACAUGGAGCCAAUGCCUCACUCAGGACCCUGGAGCGAGCCUUUGAAAUGGACCCGCUCUAGGCUCUCUCUGGUUUCAAGUCCAGCCUGCACCCCACGGAGGACCAGGCUCCCGGGCACUAGCCGCCUCCUUUGUCAGAGGAUUGGGGCGGUUUCCAAUAAAGGUGGCACGUGCUAGGCCCUA